AUGAUGAAGUUGGCAUUAUUAACAACAACAUUGUUGUUGGUAUCAGUUAUAAGUGGAGAGAUAUUAUCUGGACAAUUACAGACUAAUGAUAAUUGGUACCUAUUGGACAAGUUUUGUUUGACUGAAGAAGACUCAACAUUCAUCGUCAAUGUUGAUUUCUCAAAGACACCAAAUGCCAGUCUACUCCUCUACUCUGACCUCUCCACCAACUGGGGCACAAUCGAGAGUUAUCCAUACUCAUCAUGUUACACAAGAUUGAGGUCAGUUAGUACAACUAUAAAUAUAAAUACACCAGAGUUGAUGGGAAAGUCAUUGGACGUUGGCCAGAAACGUGAUAGAUGGUGGUAUCUUGUCUUUGCCAACUGUGGAUCAAAUGAUGGCAGUGACUUUAUAAUUGAUAUCCCAUCAUACUCGAUUAUAAUGAAGAAUGGAGGUGAUUCGUUCAACUCUAUCAUCUCGGCAGACCAGCAGAACAUCCCUCACGCACAGAUAUUCUUUAUUAUCUUCUUCUUCAUCCUUUUGGUCGUUACUAUGAUCAAUAUUGUAUUCCUUGUACAACGUAACUUGGAGUCAAAGGUGAUGAAGUUGUUCUCUGUAGUGCUCCUGUUCAAGAUCCUGGCCCUAUUCGUUUGCCUCACCUAUUGGGCAUACUUCUUCCAUCAAGGCUAUGGUAUGGAUGCUAUCAACUUGGCUGGUAACACCAUUGACCUCGUAUCAAGAUCAUUCUUCAUUCUCUUGCUCCUCCUGGUUGCACAAGGAUGGACCAUCUCUCCAUACUAUGGUGGAAUGGGUACUAAAGUGAUUGCCGCUGGAGUAUUCUUUGUCAUCCUCAUCCUCUCAAUCUGCAUCUACCUGAUCCCCAACGUCACCACCAUGCCAACAAGAAUGUACAUAUUCUUCUACGAUACCAUCCCUGGUUACGCACUAAUGGCCUUCUUCCUGGCCAUCAUGAUCUACUUCAUGGUCCUGUCACGCUCCACCUACAUCAAGCAAGUUGAUCACAUCAAGAAGAAGUUCUUCCUGUUCUUUGGCGUGACUUUCACAUUCUGGUUCCUUAUGCUACCAAUCAGCGUUGCCUUGUCUCACUUCUUGGAGACUUGGGUUCGCCAAAAGACCGUUGUAAUCUUCAACCUCUGUGUUGACAGCAUCUUCUUCCUGAUCAUCACGGUCUUGUUCCGCGCCUCAAAGACCAACCCAUACGUCCACAUCCUCAACCUCGAUCAACAAGAGAAGGGUGUCCGUCUUGAUGACAAGGGAUACCAAGGUGAGGCCUCAGCCUAA